AUGUCGGAAGUGCCACACUUUGUGCUCUACGAGCACGCAGCAGGUUAUGCCUUGAUGAAAAUCAAGGAGUUCGAAGACGCUGGACUUAUCGUUCAAGAGGUUGAUGCCGCUCAUGCUGAUGGAUACAAGUUCUCGCAAAUUGUGGAGUUGAAGGCGUUCGAUCCAUUCAAGAAUACCGAGGCUGCGUUGGAGAACUGCAACUCUAUUUCUGAAGGUCUCGCUCAUCCUGAUCUCACUAACUUUCUCCAAAAAGAGCUUCCAAAAAAGAAAAAGCACGUUGUACUUGGAAUCAAUGACUCGAAGCUUGCCGGUUCGCUUACUGAAGCGUUCCCAGACCUGAAGCUUGUCUUCGGUGGUGUUAUUACCGAGAUUCUUCGUGGUACUCGUGUCCAUUUCGAACGUUUGGCUAAAGAUCUCCCACAUCAUUCCCUAUCGAAAGCUCAACUUUCUCUCGGUCACAGUUACUCUCGCUCUAAGGUCAAAUUCGAUGUCCACAGAGUCGACAACAUGGUCAUUCAGUCGAUUGCCCUUCUUGAUCAACUCGACAAGGACAUCAACUUGUUCGGAAUGAGAAUCCGAGAAUGGUACUCGUACCAUUAUCCAGAGCUCUUCCGUCUAGCUCCUGAUCAAUACAAGUAUUCUCGUCUCGCUGUUGCGAUCCUUGACAGAAACAAGAUGGCUGAGAAUGAGAACCUCGAGAACGAGAUCCUUGAGAUCUUGGACAACGAUGCCGAAAAGACAGCUCAGAUCAUCGAGGCUGCCAGAACUUCCAUGGGAAUGGAUAUCUCCGAUCUCGAUCUUGAGAACAUCAAGCGAUUCGCUGCUCGCGUCGCUUCCCUCAUGGAGUACAGACAACAACUCCACGAGUACAUCAAGGACCGCAUGGAUCAUUGUGCACCAUCGCUCAGCGCCUUGAUCGGAGAGCAAGUUGGAGCUCGUCUCAUCUCGCACGCAGGAUCUCUCACCAAUCUGGCUAAAUACCCUGCUUCCACCGUUCAAAUUCUUGGUGCUGAAAAGGCAUUGUUCCGUGCCUUGAAGACUAGAUCCAAUACUCCAAAGUAUGGACUCCUCUUCCAUUCCAGUUUCAUCGGAAAGGCCGGAACCAAAAACAAGGGACGUGUUUCGAGAUAUCUUGCUAACAAGUGCUCGAUUGCUGCUCGUGUCGACUGUUUCUCUGAAACACCAGUCUCCACAUAUGGAGAGUUCCUCCGUCAGCAGGUGGAAGACAGACUGGAGUACUUCACAUCCGGAACUGUUCCAAAGAAGAACAUUGAUGUUAUGAAGGAGGCCGAGGAAGCUGCUGUUGAAGUCAAGGAGAAGGUCAUCAAGAAGAAGAAGAAGGCUGCCAAAAAGGCAAAGCGUCUUGCUGAAGAAAUGGCUACUGGUGCAGCAGAAGCUGAGGUUGACGAGGAAGCUCCAAAACCAAAGAAGAAGAAGAAGAGCAAGGCUGGAGACGAGUAG